AUGCAAGAAAUUAAUGCUCUAGGACAUCAUUCACCCCCGGAUCAUAAUAGGAGUGGAAAGAUCAAAAUAACGCAGCAAUGGCUUUCAAACGCAGGAGUGAUCUCAGAGCACGGAUAUGCCACAUCCCAUCAGAGCAUUCAGCAUCAUGCUCCAGUCCACCAACAUUCAACCCCGAUUCACGCAGUUCACGCCGCUCCAGUGCACCACGUAGCUGCCAUUCACGCUGCUCCAGUCCAUCAUGCCAUUGUGAAGGAAGUCGAGCAUCAUGCCCCCGCCAAUUAUGAAUUUUCUUACUCUGUUCAUGAUGAACACACCGGAGACAUCAAGAGCCAACAGGAAACCCGCCACGGAGACGAAGUGCACGGACAAUACAGUUUGUUGGAUUCCGAUGGCCAUCAUCGUAUUGUUGACUACCAUGCCGAUCAUCAUUCCGGAUUCAACGCCGUAGUCUGUCGCGAACCGUCUCACGUUAAAAUUGCCCAACCAGUGCACAAAGUUAUCGCUCAGCCAGUGCACAAAGUUAUUGCCCAGCCAGCUCAUGCUAUCCAUGCCCCGGUGUCCCAUGCAACAAUCUCCCAUCAUGCUGCACCAGUUGCACAUGUUGCACACCAUACUGCUCCAAUCGUCCACAGUACCCACCACGCUGCCCCAGUGUCGCAUGCCAUCUCGCAUGUUGCCCCAAUCGCCUACCACAAUUUAGCUCCCAGCCAUUACAGCCAUCAUUACUAAAUAGUAAACGGUGGCACAUAUAAUGUCAUGCUAACAAAUGACGAACUUGUUCAUGAAUCGUAGUUUAAUUUAAAAACUAAUUAUUGUAAAGUACAGACAAUAAAAAAUGUGAAACUGAA